ACUGCCAACACGCCCAGGCACCCGGACGCAGCGUAAAGAAUCCAGUAUGCGCGUGGGUACCGUGACCCUGGCGUUGGUGGCAGCGUGCUCCGCCUGGCCGACUCUCCUCCACAAGGAAGAAUUGCCACACCCCGCGCCUGGCUUCUCCUUCCACUCCAACUCCACCUCGUCCAACUCCUCCUCGUCCUCCAACCAGAACUCCGCCUCAGGCAACUACACUUCCACCGGGAACGGCUUCAACUUCAGUCACUCUUCCUCCAACUCGUCGUCUUCCUCGGCGGAUCACUCGUCUUCCUCGUCUUUCUCUGGGUUUUUUUCUGGAGAUAAUUCCAAUAGCGGGGCUGCUUUCUUCGGGAACAGCGGAAACAAAUUCCCCUUCAAUUUCCAAGCCGGAGGCCAAGCGCCCUCCUUUGACUUCCACUCGCUCUUCGCCGGGGGUCAGGUGCCCACCCCCGGCGCUCACGCGUCUUCUGCCGGAAACGAGGGAGCGCCGUUCAGCACUCAGCUCUCUCCUGCCGACAGCCAAGGAUCUUUCUCACAGGAGCAAGGAAGUCAAGGGUCCCAGUCCGCUGCUGGUACUUCUGCCGGUAUCAGACCUCAUGGCUCUGGGUCUCCGGUAAACACACAAGAUUCUCCAUCAAUCAUUGUCACCACUCCUAACCGAAGUACGGUUACUCCACCAAGUGUUGGUGUUCAAUUUACCACUGAUAAUCCAGGGUCAAGUACUGCUGCCUCCACUGUGUACUUCCAGUCCACAACCUUUGCCCCGGAAGGCAGCACUCAUAAGUCAUUCUCUCAUAUUCACACGGAUGUGAAUUCUGCUCCAAGCCAAACACCACAAGAAUUGAACACACAACCUGGCCCCAAAAUAUCAACAGCUGGUACUCAUGGACUUCUUUCUGGCAAGGACACAUUAGCAUCAAAUACUCAAGACCUGCAAAGCCACAAAGAUUUUGGCUUUGCUUCCUUUCAUUUCCAGACAAGCACACACAAUCCCAUAGCUGUGAGUUUUCAGCCUGAUACUCAGGAGGCCGUUACUGCUGUCACUCCUAUUGAUCUUGAUUAUUUAGAUCACUCUGUUGGGACACAGGAUUCCUCCAUUCAACUUGAAACUGGAUCACAGACGUACCAGAAUGGCGAACACAGCUUGACUGAUCUUCAGCAGUCCCAGUCCAGAGCUGACGGUGACAUUUCAUCAACUGGCCCACAGCAACACUCAUUCGAUUUCCAAAGUGAAAAUGAAGAUUCAGGUGCAACUACUACAGACUUCUUGAAUUUUCAGCAAAAAAUUAAGACCCAGAGUCCUGAAUUUCUGUUGAACACUGAUGCCUCUGAUGCCGGAAACCAGGAAACUUCAUUUGGAAUCCGAGACACCACUCAAGCUUCUUCUACUUUUGGCACUUCUAACUCUGCUUCAAAAACCCAAGGGUCUGUCGGCUUCCCAUCCAACACAAAUGAUUUUGCAAGUGCCACCGAACGAUCUGCAGCAAGCACUGGUAGUUCUAGUUCAAACACUGGAUCAUCAAAUGCAUAUCAAGCUGCCACUAACAGUUUCUUCUCUAGCACUCAAGCACCAAUAUUAGGUGACAUACCAGCUUCAUCAUCUGCAUCCCAGUUUGAUUAUGAUUAUCAUACUGAUGACUCCACCACAUUCUUGUCUACUUCCCCGGUAGUAACAAAACCUGCAUUCCCACCUAUUUCUUCAUCUACUGGCAAUCUUCCUGCGCCAGAAAGUCACUUGCCACCAAGCGAAUUCCAGGUUGGAACAAGUGAUUCUUCAGUGCAGGCUGUAGUACCCUCUUCUGGUGUUCAGUCUGAUGUCAGUUUUUCACUGAGUGGUUCAGAGACGUCAGCCCCUGACUUCCAUUUUGAUACUGGCUUUUCUAGUAAUCAAGAUUAUGAUACCCAGGAAUCUUCCUACAGUGAGCAACCAAACACACAGUCUGGGAUCCCUGAUGCCUCUGUUAACAUUCAUGGCUCAAAGUCAAGCUCCCUUGACACAAGAGAAUUGGCAUCAGUGUCAGAUAGCUCACCCAGUGUUCAAAGAGCUAUUGUAGACCAGCAAAGUAAUAUCCACAACUCCCCUGCUAAAACACAGGGAUUCUCUGGCCUUCAUUCUGCUGAGCUUGGUCCUUCUAUUACUAAUCAGGAGCAGAGUUUCCAGACAGAACUCCCAGGUGCCAAUGUCGAUUAUGACACCCAAGAAGCAGCACAUGGCAUCCACCAGGGCAUCUUUGCUUCUGCUUCUGAUGCACAAGAAAAUUCAGGUAAUUUUCACAGAGCUGACGCUUUUCUUCCCAAUUCGCGAGAUUCACCCUCGGACCAUCAAGGUGACUCCCAUGGUUCUGCUACUGGAGUGCAAGAUAUAACCCACGAUUUGCAACACGGCACAGAAGAAUCACAGUCUGGACACAAUUAUGGCAUUCAUGGUUCUUAUUCUAGCACAACGGAGCCAUCUUUUGGAGUUCCGUUAGAUACUAGCGCUUCUGCAACAUCAGGUACCCCUACAAAACAGGCUAGUGUCAUCACAGCAAAUGCAGGAACUGGACGAUUCCACGAAGAGACCGAGGGAGAUCCAGCCACAGCAAAUCAUGGCUUAAUCACUAAUAUCCAAGAUCCAUCCACCGGCCUUCAUAGUACAGCUUUUAUCAACUUCGGUUCAACAGUCGAUGGUGACUAUGACUUGCUUGCUGACAGUCAAGAUCUGCCAACAGGAGUCCAAGGAGCAGCUACAGCUUUUGACUUUUCUUCUACUGAUUCACAAAAAUUCGAUGCCAACGACCAUGACUCACACCGGCUCUCUUCUACGGAUAUUCACGCUCCAGGUACCCGUUUAACCGAAUCUAACAACCCCCUUCUUUCGACAGACAGCUACACAGACGCCCAAGAUCUAUUUUCAUCUCCUGACGACCAUGACUCUGCUGCCUCUGACCAAACUUCAGACGACCAAUUCUUAUCUGCAACCGACCAGUUUUCCACGGACGAAAAUUACUUAUCAUCUGACAGCGACAACUCAGCAACAGAUAACCAAUUUUCGACUGAAGGAGGCCAGUUUUCUUUCACUACUAACCAAUUUCCAGUGGAUUAUGAUUCCCCUGCCGAUAGCCAGUUUUCAUCUCCUGAUUAUGAUGACUCAGUUGCAGACAGCCAAUAUUCGUCUACAGGACAUCAGUUAUCAUCUACAACAAACCAAUUUUCAUCCUCUGACAACCAUGAAUUAGACAAUCUGUUCUCAUCAGAUUCAGCUGCAGACAACCAGUUUUCGUCUUCACUCAACCAGUUCGUACCAAUAGACAAUGACAACAGAAGAGACUCUUCAUUUGAUGACUAUGACUCGUCUAAAAACAACCAAUUUUCAUCUACAUUUAGCCAGUUUUCGCCAUCUGACAAUUUAGACUCAACGGCCACACAAUUCACAUCUACUGACAGCCAAUUUUCUGGCAGCACUGACUCAGAAACAGAAAACCAAUCUUCGGCCUUCGACAAAUACGAUUCAAUCACAGACAACCGAUUCGAAUCUGACCCGAACGUCCAGUUUCCUUCAGACGACCCCGACGCGGCCACAGAUAACCCGUCCUCCUCCAGCGACAGCUAUGACUCACCGGUCGGCGCCCAUUUCUCGGCGUCCGGCUCCCAGGGGUCCCUCUUCGCCUUCACCUCGAGCGGCCUAGCUUCCGGAUCCACCACGGGGUACAUGUCCCACGGGAUCAAGAGGCCCUCCUCGCUCGGCCAGAGGUCCGGGUCUGGCGUGGUUGGAGGGUCUGGCCUUGCGGGGUUCAUCGUCCAGCUCACCGGCAAAGGGGCAGUCCACCCCGGAGUCUGCCCUACCCUGAGGAAGGACUGCGCCGCCAGCAGGAGCGCCCCGAAGACGUGCCUCAACGACUCCACCUGCAGGCCGUCGGAGAAGUGCUGCUUCGACACGUGCAGCGCCGCCCUCUGGGUGUGCACGCCCUCCGUGUUGCCGGCGUGAGGAGGCUGGGAGGCCGAAUCAGCGGCUGAGAAGCAAACGACGCUUUCAAACGACAUUCUCUUCCUUCGAAACGAUUUUAAGGCGGGUUGUCAGGAAAAGGGAUUUGGGAUCUUUCACUGGGAUAAUUCGGCGAGACCUUCUCUCUGAGGGUGAAUUAAAAAUUUGCAGGUUA